AUAUUCUCUACAGCAUCUGGAGAACUCCUCAGAUCACUUGUAGUGAAGCCAUGAUCAUGAAAUUAAUUGCCGUUUGUGUUGUGGUGCUGGUCUCUUUUGGUAGCUUCUGUGAUGCAAAACCUGGUAAACCAUUACCUCCCAAACAACCACUUCAGCCGUCCCAACAAUUGCAGACAUUUGAGAAAGAGCUCACCUGGAAAUACCCUGAUGAUCCCCAGCCUGACCCCAAGCCUAAUGUGCCAUUUGAGCAGAAAUAUCCAGCAACGGUUCCUGCUGCAACUGUUGCUGUUGAGUGCAGAGAAGCCAUAGCUCACGUGGAGGCCAAGAAGGACUUGUUUGGCAUCGGGCAGCCCAUCAAUCCAAACGACCUCGUCUUGGGUAACUGUCCACCUACUGGAGAAGACCCUGUCGCUCAAGUGCUGAUUUAUGAAGUUGAACUGCAUAAAUGUGGAAGCCAGCUAACUACGACAGAUGAUGCCCUCGUCUACACCUACUUUCUCAACUAUAGCCCUUCAAAUUUGGGUAUUACUCCAAUUUUAAGAACCACCCAAGCUCCUGUGAUUGUGGAAUGCCACUACCCAAGGAAGCACAAUGUGAGCAGCCUUCCUGUUGAACCCCUGUGGGUCCCUUUCUCUGCAGUUAAGAUGGCUGAGGAGUUCUUGUAUUUCACUAUGAAACUUAUGACUGAUGACUGGCUCAAUGAAAGGCCAAGCUACCAGUAUUUCCUUGGAGACCUGAUCCGUAUAGAGGUUACCGUCAAGCAGUACUUCCAUGUACCCCUGCGUGUUUACGUGGACAGAUGCGUGGCUACGCUCUCACCUGAUGCAACUUCCAGCCCCACUUAUGUUUUCCUUGAUAACUUUGGGUGUUUGGUUGAUGCCAGGAUCACAGUCUGUGACUCAAGGUUUAUGGCUCGCACUGAAGAGAAUAAACUUCAGUUCCAGUUGGAGGCCUUCAGGUUCCAGAAUCCUGAUAGUGGAUUGAUCUACAUUACCUGUCACUUGAAGGCAACAUCUACUGCCCAUCCCAUAGACGGCCAGCACAGAGCUUGUUCCUACCUUGGCGGAUGGAGAGAGGCUAGUGGAGUUGAUCCAGCUUGUGCUUCUUGUGAGUCUGGUGAUGUGGUGUUGUAUACAUCUCCAGGAAUUACAUUUGGUAACCCCCUCGCCAUUAGUAGUGAUGGUGGAGGAAGACAACAAGCUCCUGGCGAUCCAAUAGUCCCUUAUCUUUCCCCAUUUUCAAGGAAAGCUCGUGAUGUGACCCAACCUGAACUUUUGGAAUGGGAAGGUGAUGUCACUCUGGGUCCCAUCCCCGUCAUGGAGAAGAAACUCUAAAAACCAGAAGUGUCGCAUGAUUUGCCUCUGUAGCCAUGAACACCAAAACAAUCAAUAUCAUUGGUUCAUAUCUCUAUAGGCCUGUUGCGAUAAACAAUACAUCAAUUAGUACGAUAAAUGAAAGUUACCGAUCUCAUUUUAAUUUAUCGGUUUAUCAUUUCAUCCUGCCUUUUUUCUUUCUAUUGCUGACACUGGAUGAUAAUAGGCUCAACUCUGGUGCUCUCCACUAACUUUUCCCUUCCUAAUUUCCUUAGUGUAGUGCCAAGUUCACACUAUACGAUUUUAGAACUGUCAGCCGAUCAUCUGCCCAUUUUCAAAUCCUGAGAGACCACACAUUAAUUGACAAAAAAUUGUAGGCAUUUAUAGGCAUAUGACGACAUAAGCCACACCAAGAGCAACACACCACCCUCUCACACACUCUCUCUCACACUGCAUUCAGAUUUCAGACAGAAAAUCCUGUAAAAGUCCACUACAUCAUACGUGAAUUAAUGUAAACAAACACGGCUGAUGACGAAGCAGUAGCGAUAGUUUGUGAGCUUAUUUUAAGCGAUAAAAGAUGUAACAAAAAGAGGAGGCGUUGAAUAAAGGAGUGAAGGACGGUCCUUUAUUUGCUGCACUAUGAUGUGGAGGUAAAUUAUUCAGCUUUUUUCGUCUUUACCAUUUGUGUGUUUAAACUUCAUCGGCUAAUUAGUAUUUACCGUUUUAAUGUUUAAAAUUACAUUGAGAACAAUGUGCACAACAUAAUGGCUACAAGUCCGGUAAAUUAAUUUUAAAACCAGGCAUUAAUCAACGUUUUACUAGAAUCUAUGUGCAAUACAUGUGGCUAGUGUCAGCAAAAGUCUUGACUGAAUGAAUAACCUUCUCAUUAUAACCUAUGUACAGCUGAAAAGUUGCCUGGGUUAUCAACUGCAGUACCAGUUUCGCUCCAACUCCUCCUCUUGUCAUUUCUGUGAAUAUUCUUUCACGAAUAAACAUCAAUGUUGUUUCCAUAUCUUCUCCGAUGUCCGCUGGACUUUGGGUUGCGCUAUGUCAGCUGUUUGGGAUUCCCCUCGGUGGUUCCCCACAGAAAGCUUGGAGGGGAAUUCAUGCUUUCUGAUAGGCUACCUGUCACAUUCGACAACUUGCAUUCUCGCUCCCAGUCGGGGAAAACCCUACACGCUGCAGCGAUAAAGUGGCCAAGACAAUACAGCAUAUUCAAUAUGCCUGAUUUAGAUCGGAGCGGCCAGGACCCUGGAACCGAUCAGUUGGAACUCACCCCACAAUACAGGAUGGGUUAUGAUUAUUGCAAGCUACAAUCUUAAAACUGGAGCUUCUUAGAUUGUCUUAAGGGGGAAUUCUUUUGGUUGCAUGUAGUUUUUAUUUCCAUUUUGAUUUUAUGUUGUUUAUUUUUUAUUCAAGUGUAUUUUUUGUUGAUGAGGACUGAGAGUCAAUUUUUAUUUUUGUUUUUGGUUAUUUUGUUUAUUUAGUUUACUAGUUCCAGUGUUUAGUGUUCUUUUGAAAAUAAAGUGUAUCUAUUUUUGCAGGAUAUCGCUUGCAUUAUUAUGUCAUUACCAUUACAUCAGUUAAAAAUGGUUUUCAAACAAUAUUAUCGUUUAUCGCAAUACUUUUUGAGACAAUCGCUUAGCAAAAUUUGUUAUCGUGACAAGCCUAUGUCUGUUAUGCUCUUGCUUCAUGUAAGCUGUUCUUGAAAGUGGAACAACAUCCCACUCAGUCUCUUAAAAAAACCCUAAAAUUUCAACAACAUACUAAAAAAAAACUUACUUUAAAUUAACUUCUAUGUAAUGCUAUUGAGUCCAAUUGGGUCCAUGUUUGUGGACCCAGUGUGUCCAGCACCUAAUCUGUGACUUUCUCCAUUUCACAAAAAUAAAAAAUGCAACUGUCUAA